AUGGGGGACAGACUGGGCCGCCCGACCCCUCUGUUAUCCCGUGGACGUACGUUUGGAUGGUCCACCUCCUGCAGCAGCAUCAAACUAAAGGACUGCGGCCACAACGGCCAUGACUUCCUGCCCAGCCUGGAGGAGGCAGCAGUGCCCAGCGCUUCCCUCGCCGCGGCACACUCUCCUGUUUCACUGGAACUGGAGCCCAUGGUGAAUAAUGGAUCAAGCGAACCUGUCGCUCCAGGUGGCCACACAAAGGAGCCACCGGCGCACAGCCAGCGCUGCCAGCCCCUCUCCAUCUCCACCGUCCCGCUUCCCUCCGCCACCCGCUUCCCGCACAGCCCAUACCACGCCAAGACUAGCAUGCAGGGCGAUGUGUACAACUUCCUAGAGAGACCCGCCGGCCUGAGGUGCUUCCUGUAUCACUUCCUCGUGUUCCUCAUGGUCCUCGUCUGCCUGAUAUUCAGCGUCCUGUCCACCAUCGAGCAGUAUGCAGACUUCGCAACAGGAUCUCUCUACUGGAUGGAGAUCGUGCUGGUGGUGUUUUUUGGGACGGAGUACGUGGUCCGUCUGUGGUCAGCUGGCUGUCGGAGCAAAUAUGUGGGUAUUAAAGGCCGUCUGAGGUUCAUCAGGAAACCCAUCUCCAUUAUAGAUCUGAUAGUAGUCGUGGCCUCUGUUGUGGUUCUGAGUGUUGGGUCUAAUGGGCAAGUGUUCGCCACAUCUGCGAUCAGAGGGAUCCGCUUCCUCCAGAUCUUGCGAAUGCUGCAUGUGGAUCGUCAGGGGGGAACGUGGAGGCUCCUGGGAUCAGUGGUUUUUAUUCAUCGGCAGGAGCUGAUCACCACGCUGUACAUCGGGUUCCUGGGUCUGAUCUUCUCCUCUUAUUUUGUGUAUCUGGCGGAGAAAGACGCAGUGGACGAGGAAGGGAGGACGGGUUUUUCUAGCUAUGCUGAUGCUCUGUGGUGGGGUGUGGUUACGGUGACUACAAUAGGCUAUGGAGACAAAGUCCCUCAGACGUGGAUCGGGAAGGCCAUUGCCUCCUGCUUUAGCGUGUUCGCGAUCUCCUUCUUUGCUCUGCCUGCGGGCAUUCUGGGAUCUGGUUUUGCUCUUAAAGUCCAGCAGAAACAGAGGCAGAAACAUUUUAACCGGCAGAUACCAGCCGCAGCUUCUCUAAUACAGACGCUGUGGAGAUGCUACGCCUGCGAGAAGUCUGACAGCUGUACGGCCACGUGGAAGAUGUACGUGCUGACGGGCGACUACAUCCCCAUCAUAAACUCAGAAAACUCCAGCCCGGGCAACUUCAGACGGCUGAGUAAGCGGUACAAACGGAAGCCAAAGGUCACACGUGAUAACGGUUCUCUGGGUCCCGGAGGAGAACGAGCCCUCUCCAUCCCACAGAUCACCUACGACCACAUCGAUGAUAAAGACCGAGUCUUUUCUGAGGAGUCCACUGGCAUCUCAAAACUUUUCCGAUCAUCAGUUAAGAAAAAACUGGACAGGCCUGAUAUCUCACGCAACAACAGCUUGGUGGAUGAGCUGGACUUCACGGCUGAAGACAUCGCUCUUCCUGUGGUCACAGACGCUUCACGUCUGUUGAGAAGCCCGUUUGUGGCAAAGGAGGAAGAAUCAGUCUCUACUCAGCACCUGAAUACAAGCAGACUUUCCCACGCACACAGAUCUGCCAUCAAGGUCAUCAGAAGGAUGCAGUACUUUGUGGCUCGACGGAAAUUUCAGCAAGCGAGGAAACCGUACGACGUGCGGGACGUGAUCGAGCAGUAUUCGCAGGGCCACCUGAACAUGACGGUCCGCAUCAAAGAGCUCCAGAGAAGGUUGGAUCACACGUUGGGAAAACCGGGAAUGUUCCUGCCAGAGAAAGGUGUGGAUAAGGAAUAUUAUACAGUGGGAGCUCGGCUCAUCCGACUGGAAGAUAAGGUGCUUCAGAUGGACGUGAAGCUGGAGAACGUCCUGAAGAUCCUGACGGAGCAUUUCCAGCCCAAACCAGAGCUGCUGCAGAAACCCAGCGAGUACAGCUCUCGCGUCACCGUCAUGAAGCGGCUGGGCGUCAGCAUGGACGACAGCCAGUGACCCGCUCGCCCGCAGAACUCGUGCAUUGUGGGAAGCGCGGGCCGAGAGGAAGAACUUGCGUUUCCUGUUUCUGUCUAGGAAGUGUACAGGCGACGAAGAAGGCCUGGAUGUCCCUCAGAAUCUCCUCAACUGUCCGUCUCCAGUCAUUCGAUGGGUUUUACGGUCCCCGAGGGACUCGAGCGCUGGUGUUCGGAGUCUGUGGGACCCGUUUCGGACGGUUUUCGCAAACCCAGAACAAAGGUUGAACUCAUAAAUCACAUUUGUACCAUCCAGAGCCCGCAGGAACAUGAACACGUUGAUGUAUGUUUCUAGUAGGGCUUAUCAAAAUAGCAAAACACCCAUGAUAGAUCCUAAUGAAGUGUAAUAGUGUGCUGGCGUUCAGACGAAAGCCAAGAUUCACAACAGCCGAUCUGUCAGCGUUUUUUCCCUCCGUUCGCUUGAAAAUUAAACGACGAAAGAGGGAAAAAGCGGUUCAUUUUCAGUAACCGCAAAGCCGUUUUAAGGAAGGAUCUGGCGUGAAUCCGUUCAUCCACCAAACAUGUUCGUCUGUUGGCCGUUUGCCUAGUGCUAGAUUAACAUCGAGGGGUUUUGUAAAGCAAAAAGCCACAGAGUAUGUCACAGUGAUGGGUGUUUUUACUCCUAAAACCAUUGUGAAAUCACUGCAGCUUGGCUUGUUGCUUUAAUGAAAUGCCGAUGACAGCAAUAUGGGGAAAAAAUAUGGAAAUGCUCAAUAAUAGUUGAUAGAGAGCAGAAUAACCAUUUUCAUGUACACUACAAUUCCAAAGCUUGGGGUAAAUGUUUUGAAAGACUUUUUGUGGAAAUUGGAUUAUAUUUUGUUUGCCAGAUUUCUUUGUUUAAACGAACAGCGCUUAUUUGAAAAAUGCAUCUUUUGCAACAUUAGAAAACAAUCUGAUCGAUUUAAUACGCCCUUGCUGAAUAAAAAUAUUCAUUUCUUGAAAAAACAAGCGAAUCGUACUGA